AUGCCACCUCCAAGCAAAUCGCCUGAUGACUGGACUCCAUACCGGGAUCGUGUUGAAUUUGAGACUGCCAAAUUCCUGUACACAUGCAACCAGAUGUCUGCCGGGGACAUCAAUGUCUUAUUGGAUCUUUGGGCUGCAACCCUCCUGAAACAUAAUGACAAGCCGCCGUUUGCGGACUGCCGUGAUUUACAUAAAACCAUUGACAGUACACUGGGUCCAGUACAUGGGGAGAAGCCGGAACACAAUGUACCAUUGUGGAUGGGUCAAUCUCAUGACAUUUGGUAUCGAGACCCCCAUGAGGUCAUUUGGAACAUGUUGGCAAACCCAGACUAUGCCACAGAGAUGGACUACCAGCCCUACCAUGAGUUCUCGACUGACAGCAAUGAAUGCCAAUGGCAGGACUUCAUGUCCAGCGACUGGGCCUGGAACCAAGGGGAUAUUAUUUCCAAAGAUCCAGAUACAACUGGCUUGACCUUUGUUCCGGUUAUACUCGGAAGCGACAAGACGACAGUUUCAGUGGCAAUUGGCGCCAACGAUUACUAUCCACUGUAUGUAUCAAUCGGGAAUGUUUGUAAUAAUGUCCGGCGUGCACAUUGUGACGCUGUUGCCAUCAUUGGCUUCCUAGCUAUGCAAAAAGAGCAUGCCUCCUGCCCAAAAUAUCGGAAAUAUUGCUGGCAACUCUUUCAUUCGUCUAUCUCAAAGAUUCUUACAAACCUAAGACCCAGCAUGACCAAACCAGAGGUUGUGCGCUUUGGUGAUGGGCACUAUUGGUGUGUAAUCUAUGGACUUGGGCCAUAUAUUGCAGAUUAUGAAGAGCAGGUUCUAUUAGUGUGUAUAGUGCGCUCUUGGUGUCCAAGGUAUGUUCCUAGCACUGAUAUUCACGAACUUAUCACGCUGGACCUCCUACAUCAAUUGAUCAAGGGGACCUUCAAGGAUCAUUUAGUUGAGUGGGUUGGAACAUAUCUGCACCAUGUACGUCGAGGAUUCAAACAAUGGACCGGCGAUGAUUCAAAAGCGCUUAUGAAGGUUUAUCUACCUGCCAUUGAAGGUCACGUCCCAAUGGACGUGGUCCGCACAUUUCAUGCAUUUCUUGAAUUCUGCUAUCUUGUAUGGUGUAAUAUCAUCAUGGAAUCCACACUGGUUCAAAUCCAGGAUGCUCUCAACCGAUUCCAUCAUUACAGGAAGAUCUUUGAGUCCAUGGGUGUCUUUGGUGCACCCAAUGGUCUUUGUUCCUCAAUCACCAAGACAAAGCACAUUAAAGCCGUAAAGGAACCAUGGAGGCGCUCAAGUCGCUACAAAGCCCUUGGUCAAAUGCUGGUGACAAACCAGCGUCUUGAUAAACUUGCGGCCUCACACAUUGAUUUCAAGAGCCAUGGGAUGCUGAAUGGCACCUCGGUUGCGGGCAACGAUGAAGAGGAACUCACUAUCCCCCAUCUCUACAACCUCCUCCACCGAUUCCUAUUCGAACAAGUCAACCCAGAUGACCAGCGGUCUCCCUCUGAAGUCCCACUUGCAAGUUGUCCUCAAUUUGAUGGCAAAAUUCAAGUCUUCAACUCUGCGUCUUCGACAUUCUAUGCGCCUAGCGACCGCAGCGGGAUUGGUGGCAUGCACCAGGAGCAUAUUUGUGCUUGUCCUCUUUGGAGAAACGAGGCACCGCGAUAUGACUGUGUGUUUGUGAACACAGAUGCAGGUGUCAAAGGGAUGAGGGGGAUGGACAUAGCACGUGUGAUGUGUUUUUUCUCUUUGAUGUUCAAAGCAGUUUCAUACCCAUGCACUGUGGUGCAUUGGUUCAACAAAGCUGAUGAUGAUAGACCCGACAAGGACACUGGGAUGUGGAUAGCACAACCUUCAUAUGAUAUUGACCAUUCUCCAUCAGUUGGAAUCAUUCAUAUUGAUUCUAUUUACCGCGCCGCACACCUCAUCCCAAUCUACGGAACACAUGCCAUCCCACAGAACCUCAAACACUAUGACUCCUAUGAUGCUUUCUGA